AGGAGCGAGCGAGGCCAUGUCGGCGGCGGACGGUGCCCGGGAGGGCGUCAGGGAGGGCUCGGCCGGCGCGGCGGGUGAUGCCGGCGGCGGCCUCCUCAACCGUUUCGUGCAGCUGCCGGUCAGGCCGCUCUGGCCGGGCCACAGAUCUCCACCAGCAAGAAGUGGCCAUCGUUGCGUGGCAGAUAAUGCCAACUUGUACGUGUUUGGAGGCUACAAUCCUGACUACGAUGAGUCCGGUGGGCCAGAGAAUGAAGAUUACCCGCUCUUCAGGGAACUCUGGCGAUACAACUUUGCUACGGACACCUGGCAUCAAAUGGGCACUGAAGGCUACAUGCCCAGGGAAUUAGCCUCCAUGUCACUUGUAUUGCACGGCAACAACCUGCUUGUGUUCGGGGGCACCGGGAUCCCCUUUGGGGAGAGCAAUGGCAACGACGUCCACGUCUGCAACGUCAAGUACAAACGAUGGGCUCUGCUCAGCUGCCGAGGAAAGAAACCCAAUCGAAUUUAUGGCCAGGCCAUGGCCAUCAUCAAUGGUUGUCUCUACGUGUUUGGAGGAACAACUGGUUACAUUUACAGUACUGACCUACACAAGCUAGACCUCAACACUAGAGAGUGGACCCAGCUGAAACCAAACAAUAUGUCCUGUGACAUGCCAGAGGAGAGGUACAGACAUGAAAUCGCACAUGAUGGUCAGCGGAUUUAUAUCUUGGGAGGUGGAACUUCCUGGACAGCUUAUUCCUUAGAUAAGAUCCAUGCGUACAACCUUGAAACCAACACCUGGGAGGAAAUUGCCACAAAACCUCAUGAAAAAGUUGGCUUCCCAGCAGCCAGAAGAUGCCACAGCUGCGUUCAGAUCAAAAAUGAUGUGUUCGUUUGUGGAGGUUAUAAUGGAGAAGUGAUUCUGGGAGAUGUUUGGAAGCUGAAUCUGCAGACUUUCCAGUGGGUCAAGCUCCCAGCUGCUAUGCCAGAACCAGUGUAUUUUCACUGUGCUGCUGUCACACCAGCUGGCUGCAUGUAUGUUCACGGAGGGGUGGUCAACAUCCAUGAAAACAAACGGACUGGCUCUCUGUUUAAAAUGUGGCUGGUGGUACCCAGCCUGCUGGAACUGUCGUGGGAGAAGCUUCUGGAAUAUUUCCCUCAUCUAGCAACUCUCUCCAGAUCUCAGCUUUUGCACCUUGGACUGACGCAGGGACUCGUUGAGCGACUAAAAUGAGAACGUCUCGUGCUUCUGUCCAAGACACACUACGUCCAAGAAGCCCCCUCCAGCCCCCCCUAUUUAUGGAUACUGUGGAUGGUCUUGCUAAGAACAUGGAGGAACCUGCUCAACGCCUUAUUCAGCAAAUACAUCGAUGCCUUUCUAGAAAUUUUUAAGUUGUUGAAAAUCCACUUUUUAUUUAUGGAUCUCUAAAUUACACCAUUAAUCAAAAAUACUCUCUGGGACUAAUCCAUAACAUCCAGCCAUCAGCACAUGCUCGCGAUUUAAUGGGGGAGGGUGGGGAGCUUUGCAAAUGUCUGAGCCCAUGCUUACACGUGGUGCACUCGACGUAGUAUUUUCACAAGCUGUAUCUAACGGAGGAUGUUCAAGGCAGAACAACAGCCGCCCCGUUCUUUUGCUUUGGAUAACACUCAUCCCCCCCUCCCCAACACCCAGCAGAGCUAUCCCUCUAUAAAACCCAAGAACUCCUUCCACUUGAAGGCUUUGCAUGUGUUUCAGGGGCAUGCUCCCAUCUCUUUGAGCUUCGGAAGACGGCUGGAACGUCGCACGGGGCAGCGAGCGAACCUUGGCCUGUGCAGCUUUUCCGGUGCAGUGUGCGGUGAUUUAAAACACCCCGUGUCUGUGUUCCUCACCUUUUCAUAUUGAAAGGUUUGCUUGGAAGACUGGUUAAACGUUGCCACUUAACGGA